AUGAUUGGUAGCAAAAUCAGGUUCCCAUCAGAUGAAUUGACACGUCAUCUGGUUGUUGAAAACAUGACUGAAGCUGCCUAUAAUUUCAGCAAUACUGUUUUGGGGCCCAAAGAGAUUAAAAAAAAUCCUUUUAAUCUUUACACUAAGGAGAUGAAGAACAAGAGAAAACUUGACAGGGAAAACUACAGACGUGAGGAAAUCAUUGAUUUGUAUAACUUGAUGGGUCCUUUAGAAAAAGGCAGAUAUUACGAGAUGGCGAAAGAAGAUUCCGCUACUCUUCACCAGGAAUCUUCUGUCCCUGAUGUCAAUCGUAGUGCAAAAUCCAUAUUGACCAUCAUAGACACAAUGAAGCUAUCAAUGAACUACAAUAGCAUCAGCUCCAGUCAAAAGAUUGGUCGCCUCUUGUCAGGAGAUACGUCUUCUAUAUUUUUUAAGUGUAUUGAGGAAGAUGGCGCUCUGGAGAGUUUCUUGGAAGCAAUGGGAAACAUCGAAAGACGCCCAAUGCAAGAAAUACAACCCGUGACUAUUGCUGCCAACGACUUCAGGAAUAAGAUGAACAAACGUUUGAUAAGCUUGUUCAAUGAAGAAACCAGGGAAACAAGAAAAUCUUUCCCUUGGAAAGCAAUUGAAAACAAAAAAGGCAUCAUCAGAGCCGUUGGAUGGCCAGAAAAGAUGUCUUUUGUGCCACUCAGUCUUAUGAAAGAUAUUGUGAAAGAAAUGUUAGUUGAUGCCCUGGACAAAGGGCUCAUUUCUUUCUCUUGCUCUUUAGAGUAA